GCAAAAUCGGAGUGAUCGGACUGCCUUCGUUCAAUCCCGAUAGUUCCUAGCCCUGGAUUUACCGUCCGCCUAGCCUUAGAGUUGCCACCCACCUAAAGCCCUAGAUUCCUUCAACUUGCUUCAGAUCCAUGACUUGAGGGGAUGAAUGGCUUGGUGACAAGGCUUCCACGAAGAUCCCUUCACAUGGGAUGAAAGAGGAAGGGACCAAUUUGGAGACGACGGGACAAGGGGUGGGCAUUCGGCACAUCGGAUGUUGAUGGGUUCAAUCAAGCGUUGAUCUCCAUGUUGACUGAUUUGAGCAGUCAUGCGGUAACCGGGGCCUCUCUUCGCAAGUAUGCGGCAGAUAACGUGAUGGGUCCGGAUUUCUUUCUGAGAAUUUACGCACUCAUGCAGUGCACUCCCGAUCUGUCUCAGCAAAAUUGCAGCGAUUGUCUGACAACGGCAACCUCUAGGAUCUCUUCUAACUGCUAUGGGAAGAUCGGAUGCAGAGUUCUGCAACCCAGCUGUAAUUUGAGAUACUAGACCGACCCAUUUUUUGCAGCCGUAGAUAACAUUCCCCAGCAAGGGCCGCCGCCAUCGUCACCUCCGCCAACAGAAGAAUUGUAAAAAAAUGUUAUCAUCUGGACAAAAUUCAGCUACUACAUCUUCUCAACCUUCAAGAGCUAAAACAAAUGCAGCAUGAGAGUAUUGUAUUGAAGUUAUAAAAGGUGGCACACAUGAUAUUGAUGAAGAAGUGCAAGGUGGUGAAGAAGGAUCAUUCCAUAUUGGUAGUUUAAGUGGGGGAACUGGCUUAGAGUUAAUUGGUGAAGAAACUGAUGAUAAUUAUGAUAGUAAAAAGGAUUUUUGUGAACGUGAUUUGGUUUAAUGAAGAUCCUCCUCAGCUAAGGGAUAAACAAUAAAUAAUUUUAAUUUAU